AUGAUUCAGGUGGAUGUGAAUCAUUACACCGCCUUGGUGACCCAAGCAGCACAAGCCCAAGCUGCGGCACAGGCCAUGGCAGCGGCCACUGCUGCCCCACACACUACGGCGACGCUGCCAAUGACGUACGUGUCUAAGGGUCAGAGCCAGUGGACGGCCAAGGAAUCUUGGCAGUCUGACAAGUGGAAAGGCCAAUCCUGGAAACAGAGUGAUUGGCAGCAAAAGAACAGGUGGCCGCAGAAGAAGGGAGGCGGAGAGAAAGAGAAGUGGCCAAAGGGCUGGAACAAAUGGGAGCGUGACGAGAAAGCCCCAGGAGAAGGGCAGCCGGUGACGCCUGGGGCGCCGCUGAUCUUGCAGACGGGGGAGGUUCGAUCCGGGUCGGUCGUCGGCCGACGCGUGGACCUGCCAGACGCAGAGGAGGCCACAGAGGAGGACCUGUCCCGCCAGGCCAUCGAGCGGGCCCACCUGUCUGUGGAUCGCCCCAUGUCAGCCAGGGAGCUUGUUCAGAUGGGCAAGCUCAAGGACUUCUGGAGCAUGACCUGGGCAGAAGGAGUCAUCAUCUCGACCUUGAUCACUGGCCCAAGUUAUACCAAGUGUGAUGACCUGGAAUCGGGCUCCGGAGAGGUUUGUCCGAACGAUUCCAAGCCGGAGGACUACCCCAGCUUCGGAUUCAGUGGACGAGGGACGCUGGAGGCGCCAGACCCCACCAUUGAGGCGGCCUUUCAAAAAACGGCCGCCCACUCCAAAGGCCAACAGGGGGUCAUCUUCGUGUAUCAGGGCGAGCUUGAGAAGCCCACCCGCACAACCGAGGUUGGGGUGGCGGUGAUGAUGGCGGCAGUCAAAGAUGUGGGCUCAGCGCGCAGUGGACAGCACAUCAUCCUCCACCCCAAGCACGCUAUUUUGCGUGCCAUCGGCUGCGCGUGGCCAGCCUAG